AUGUUGCCAAAGCAGUUUCUGGGACUAUCUUCCAUCCUCGUGGGAUCUUGGGCCCAGAAGGCCCCUGAGGCCGUGGAACCAGACAUGACCGAGGCCCCCUCAUCGACGACAAAUACUGCUACUACAACGACGAUUACGACACAUACGAUUAACGUUGGUGCAGCUGGACAUAAGUUUACUCCUAAUGAUAUUAAAGCGGAUGUCGGAGAUAUACUCGAAUAUCGUUUCUAUCCCGACGCGCACUGGGUAAUUCGAGGAGACUUUGAUAACCCAUGCAUCCCAUACGAGUACGUUGAUGUAGAUAGGACAGGCUUCUCAAGUGGCCUCCAGCCCGUCAAGGCUAUAACCAACGAUGCUCCCCGAUUCCGGGUAAGAGUCAAUAAUACUGAACCCAUCUUUUAUUACUGCGGUGCUCCUGGAUCCUGUGUCAAGUACCAUAUGAUGGGCGUUGUCAAUCCCUUGAAGAAUGAGACCUUGAAAGACUGGCUUAAAAAGGCAGAUAAUGUUGAUUACCAACUAAGGCCCGGCGAACCUUUCCCAAAGGAAGAAGGUCCCAACACCUCGACUACAUCUGCAAUACCCGAACCGACAAAAUCUACAAUACCCGAAUCGACCACCUCAGGGCAAACCGACAGUUCAUCUUACCACCCCGCUAACGGGAACAGCCUCAGCGGCGGCGCAAUUGCUGGCAUUGUAAUCGGUAGCGUGGCUGUCCUUCUUCUUAUAAUUUGCGUUAUCUACCUCUGUGGCAGACGUGGUGGCUUCAACGAGGCAUAUCACAAAGCCUUCAGCAACAACGCCAUGCCUAGCAACCUGAACGGAACACUACCCGUGGUUGAAGCUGGGGUCGGCUCGCCGAAUAGUACGGCCCCGGGUUACUGGGUGUACAAGCCUAUGAGUCCAAUAGCUAGCAGCUCCGGUCAGAGUCACGGCACUAGCCCACCGAUUACUCCUUCCCACAAUUUCCCGCAAGAUGUUACAAGGAUGAUGUCGCAAGACAGGAGCAGCUUAAACACAAACUACGUCCCUAACUCCGAUGAACUCACACCUCGACCUCCGCCUCUACCACCAAAGGAAGACCUUGUGCCGCCAGCUGAGUUGCCCGGGCAAAGACUGGAGGACCCAGCAGUUGAGAUGCCUAAUUCUGUGGGCCUGGGGAGCUAGGGUUUGCAGACGUUUAACACAAGGCAGGCAACAACGUUCUUGCAGCCAG